CGAAACACCUGCUAAACAAAACCAGUCUGUCCGCCCAAUCAACUUGAUACGGGCAUUUCGGCAGUAAAGCUUUAAUUUUCAGCCUCAAUACCCAUUUUUUUUUCCUCUUUCAAAUUGCUGCACGAAAUAUCAAUCGGGAAGGAUCUUGUCGAAUCUGCACAAUAAAAACCCUGGGGGAGAUAAAAAGAGAACAAAGAACAAAAAAGACAAAAACAAGGCAACCAUGUCCUCAACAUCGACCCCAGCUGCUCCGUACGGCAGCACGGUAACUUAUGAACACUUGCACGAAAUACAACAAGAGUUUGAGGACGCAGAAGUGGAGCUUGUCCGUCAACAUGUUCAGAUCACCAGGCCUAUAUUGGAGAAGCGAGCCAAGGCUAUCGCGGCGAUACCAAACUUCUGGCCCUUGGUGUUCGAGCAGGCGCCUCAGGACAUUGACGAGUACAUCCAACCAACAGACGCAAAUGUGCUCAUGUCAUCACUCAAGUCGAUUUCCGUUUCACAUUUUGAGAUCGACAACGAGGUAGAAGGUGGUGACCCGAGAAGCAUCUCCAUCAAAUGGGAAUUUGGUGACAACGAUUACUUUGAGGAUCGUUUUCUGGAGAAGAAGUUCUGGUACCGACGCUCUAAGGACUCAAGCUGGUCCGGUCUGGUCAGCGAACCUGUUGACAUCAAAUGGAAACCCGGAAAAGAUCUGACGCAUGGUCUACUUGCCAUGGUAAAGCAAGUUUGGGAUGAGGAGCAAAAUCAAGGUUCAUCAGCAAAGAUCGACAAGCCCAAGGGAAUGACUCCUUCCCAGGAGGCCCUCAAAAAGAAAAUUGAGAGUUCAGGUGGUGUUGGUGGGGUUAGUUUCUUUGCCUGGUUUGGUUAUCGCGGUCGACAUGUCACGGCCGAGGAGAACCGGCAAUCACAAGAAGAGAGACGUCUGAAGAUGCAGGGAAAGUUACUCGAGGCAACAACAAGUGAAGACAAAGAUGAAGAUAUGGAAGAAGAUGAUGAAGACGACCAGGAUGCGCUAGAGGCUUUCCCGGGCGGUGAUGAGCUUGCAGUUUGCAUCGCGGACGAUUUAUGGCAGGAUGCCAUUAAAUAUUUUAUGCAAGCACAGGAAGAUGAUGGCAACGACAGUGGUGACGAUUUUGAGUCAGACGAGGAGGACGAGGUUGAGAAUUCUCCAGCGACUCCGGGCCAGCCCCCAGCCAAGAAGCAGAAGAAGUGAACUAUAACAGUUGUAAAACGGGUAUUGGUAACAUUUUUUCGCCGCAGAAAUGUGAAGGACCUGCGACUCAUCUCUACCAAACCAGUUCUAGUAUUUAAUUACGUAUACUGACGCGUGCAGUAUUUAUUACCAAUACUUCACGGUAUGGGCAGGGUAACGCUUGUUCCAAACACAGUCAGCCCUGUAAUGUGGGAUGUUUUUUUUUUUUUUGGUUUUUCUACCAAUGCUUUCCCAG